AUGAAGGAGAUGGGAUCAUGUGUCAAAAGAAGAGGAGAACCAGAAGAAGAGGAGGAACAAAAGUUAAAACUUCCAGGGUUUAGGUUUCAUCCUACCGAUGAGGAGCUUGUAGGGUUUUAUCUCUCUAAGAAAGUAUUUCUCAAGAAAUCUAGUAAGAUCGACGAGAUCAUCACCCAAAUCGAUAUCUAUAAAUAUGACCCAUGGGAUCUUCCUCAGUUAAGGAACACAGAGAAGGAGAGCUACUUCUUCUGUAAGAGAGGAAGGAAGUACAGAAACAGCAUAAGACCUAACCGAGUGACUGGUUCUGGUUUCUGGAAAGCCACGGGAAUCGACAAGCCUGUCUACUCCGAUGGCUCCAGCAAAGCCGUGAUCGGUUUAAAGAAGACUCUCGUUUAUUACCUCGGAAGCGCCGGGAAAGGAAGCAAAACAGAUUGGAUGAUGCACGAGUUUCGCCUGCCCACAGCCAAUGACACUAUCCCUUGUGGCUCCACCCACCAUAACCCUACUCCACCUUCCUUGCUUCAUGCUGAAGUGUGGACGUUGUGCCGGAUAUUCAAGAAAAAUGUGUCUAGUAGAAAAUACACACCGGACUGGAGAGAGUUAGCAAAUGGGAAACGUGUGAAGCCGCAACAAUCUAAGUACCAAGAAGCUUAUAUCAGUUUUGGUGACAAUGAAAGUGCUAUUAGUAACAAUAACAUCAACAUUAUGGAAAGCAAAGGGAAUUAUGAGAGGAACGUGUUUCAGCUUCACCAAAGGCCUCAUGAGCACCAACCCAUUCUCAUGGAUAGAGCUAGUACUACACAAAUCGAUAAUACGGGUCCACAUUUCUCAAACGAUGACAUUCACAAUACAACCUACGAGAAGUGGGACGAGCUUCGAUCGGUUGUGGAAUUUGCUUUCAGUCCUUCUCUUAGUUAG